GGUCGCUACCGUGACAGUCGCGGUUUCACCACAUUCUCAAGCAGUCAGUCAAAGCAGCGGACAGUAAAAAGAAGCGGACGAGCAGCGUUGCGGAUUUACAGAAUAAACAGUGGAGCUUAUAACACAUACGUUCAGCCAGCUUAUAAAGAGUCAGCAUGUCCAGUGAGGUGCAGCCGAGGCCGGACGACAGCCCCAACACCAGUGGGGGGAGUUCGGACGCCGAGCAGAGGGAGGCGGCUCCUCUGGAGCAGCCGGGCCCCGAGCAACGGGACCAGGCCCAGCCCAAAAAGAAGGAGGCCAAAAUCUCCAGUAAGACCGCUGCCAAGCUCUCCACCAGCGCCAAGAGAAUCCAGAAGGAGCUCGCAGAGAUAACCUUGGACCCACCGCCGAACUGCAGCGCCGGCCCUAAAGGAGACAACAUCUAUGAAUGGAGGUCCACCAUCCUGGGCCCUCCAGGCUCCGUGUACGAGGGGGGAGUGUUCUUCCUGGACAUCGCCUUCACACCAGACUACCCCUUCAAACCACCCAAGGUGACGUUCCGUACGAGGAUCUACCACUGCAACAUCAACAGUCAGGGCGUGAUCUGCCUGGACAUCCUGAAGGACAACUGGAGUCCUGCCCUCACCAUCUCCAAGGUCCUACUGUCCAUCUGCUCCCUGCUCACUGACUGCAACCCAGCUGACCCUCUGGUUGGAAGCAUCGCCACACAGUACCUGACCAACAGAGCCGAGCACGACAGGAUAGCCAAACAGUGGACCAAGCGCUACGCCACAUAGAGCAGCUCCACUUCUAAAGGACCCCAGCUCCUACCCCAACCAACACACACACACACACCUCCUCUCUUCUGGAAUCUAUGGAAGCACACCCGCCCCUGUCAUCCACCCUCCCCGACCCCCGAGAUACGAACUGUUAUUUGUUCCAUGCUGACUUGAAAAGCUUCUUUUUUAUACAAAGAGUCUAUUGGGAUUGUAUUUUCCAAUACACUGAAUGUUGAUAUGGUCAUGAAAAGCUUUAAUACUGUUAUUGUUCUGUUGAUGUUGUUGUUCUUAUUCUUGUUGCAUUGUUUAUAACAUUGUUGCCACCCGUGUCAUUCUCUUUAUCUAAAAGCGUGCGUGAUGAUUUCCUCCCGUUUCAUGUGAUGUAAAAAUGUUCAUACUGAGUGAGUGCAUUUCAUUUUGUUUGUGUUUUUUCCAGCUCAUGGUCAAUAUUAGUGCAUGGCAUCAGGAUAUGUGUUCAUGUAGUGGACAUCUAGUCCCGAUAUUUCUGUUCAGGCAGAACUGUGGCAUGGAGUGAGCCCAUCAUCAUGUAUGACAAUAGUGCUUAGUUUGCUGUACACUUAAUGCCUUGUGAGAACAUACAUACUCAUUGAAUACUCAAUAAAACACUGGCUGUCAUGUGACACAGCUUCUCUCA